AUGGAAGCCUUGGUCUGUGCGUUCUCUGAGCUGCGCAUAAGAGAAGAUGCAGUGAGCUGGACCCAAGGACACCCCAGCUGCUCUGACCCAUCACAAAACAUCUAUGAGGGGGGUCUGGGGGCCCAGCAGCAGUGCCCCAGUGCCCAGGGCAGCAAACCCAAGAACUUCAGGCUGCGCCAUCUACGGGGUCUGGCACUCUAUCUGCAGGUCCCAGUGCGGCCUGCAGGGCAGUGUGAGAGCCACUGGCUGGGCAGGCUCAUGGCUGGGGGAGGUGCCCCACAGCCUGAGGCCAUAGCCUGGGCCCUGGCUCUGCCCUCCAGGACUGUGGGCCCAGGGGAUAGUCACCACUCAGGCCUUCUGGAGGCUAAAGUGUCCGGGAAGAGCUUACAAAACCCAGCUUCCAGUCCUAGCACGGACCGAGCAAAGGGUGUCCCCUUCCAGUCUCGUACCCCUGAAAGUUUAGGGGUCAGGUCCAAGCGGUCCUGGGGUCCCUCAGAGGAAUCUGCAUGUCCCUUGAACAAGAGAACCCGCUCAGGGGGCCCAGAGAGGCCAUAG